UUCUGUUCGCCGGCGAUGUCGGCGCCGCUGCCGGGGCGGACGCUCGCCGACCUCGAUGGCGACGUGCUGGCCCACUGCGCGCGCCACCUCUGCGCCCGCGACGUCGCCAGCCUCGCCAUGGCCUGCCGCCCGCUGCACGCCGCCGCCUACUGCGACGCCGUCUGGUACCUCCUCUACAGGGAGCAAUGGCCGUUUCAACAAGUACCUCGUGGAGCUUUGGGGAUUAGAGAACUGUACAUUCGGAGGCAUACUGAAGUACAUCAAAUGAAAUUUAAUGACCCCUUAUCAUCUAUUUAUUAUCUAGAUCCCACUGAGUCGGCACCAAGCCAUCUAAUGCUUGAUAGGAAUGAUGUUUGGUUCUCUCAAGGCCCAGUAGCCAAAAGAUUGAGCCUUGGUUGGCUGAACAUGGAAUUGAUGGAAACCUACAAGUCUCAUGGUGCAAGAAUCACUUGUAUGAGAUUAUUCCCACUAAUCGACACCCCGUUCUUCCGAAGUGAUACAUAUACAAAUGAAAAGGCAUUAGUCACUUCAAGCACAGAUAGAACUGUUCGUCUUUGUUGGAAGGGCCUGUCACGCUGUUACAAGGGCCAUUCAGGACCUGUUACUGCUGUGGCUGACAAAUUGCUUGGUGACGGUGAAUUUAAAGUACUUGCAACUGGUAGUGAAGACUGCACCAUUCGCCUCUGGUCUAUGAGCACAAGGGCAAAAAAGCAUCCUCUAAUCUCAACUUUGCAUGGACAUGAAAAAACACUGUCACUUUUGUCUGUUGCUUGGCAUAAAUCCUCACUGUUGGUGAGCAGUUCCAAAGAUACAAAGGUGAAAGUGUGGGAUACAAUGGCACCUCCAUCCAGUGUCUCAUCAUCUUGCGUUGGGGGUACUCACCUUAACUCAAGUGGUCCGCCAGUUGCUAUCAAAUGCUAUGAAUCUCUUUGUUACAUUGCUGCUGGAUCCGAAGUGACAGCAAUUGACUUGAGGACAAUGAAGAAGUCUUCUGUUCUUGCACUUCGCAACCAAAGAAUACUUUCUUGUGAGAUGCUACCUUCUGAAUGGUUAAUAUGCACAGGCAUAAAAGACAAGGCUCUUCUGUGGGAUAUUCGCAAGUCCCAAGAACUUGCAAAUACAGUCGCAGAAUUGCAUUCAGAUGGUCCUGUGAUGUUGCUUCACUUGGAUCCAUACAAGGUAGUGACGGGAGCCCCAUGGGAUGGUCAGGUGCAUGUCUGGGAAACCAAGACGGGGCACUUGGUGAACACAUUGAGUUGCAACAAUCCCGUUAAAUCAGCUGGGAGAAGCACAUUGUCAGCCAUGGCCGUGGAUGGGUGUAGGAUUAUCACCACAGGGAGGAGUUCUACCGAAGGCAGCCUGUUGCACUAUCAAGACUUCCUGAGAUCCUCGGUGCCUGUAGCUUCACCUGGCGAGGAGGUUUCCAAGUUCUGGGGAUCUCAAAAGUAUGACGACGAAGACAGUGAGGAUGAUCACUAGCAGAACUUAGCACUAAGCAACAAAAGGUACCAUUGCAUACAAGAUGAGAUUGAGAGCUCAUUCCAUAUGCUAGGCUCGUUUAUAUCUGUCUCUUAGCCACUCUGCUAAGGUUCAAGUUCAAGAAGUGAGCAUCUUUGUGAAAUGAGCCUGCACAUGCAUGCAGAAAGGAUACUACAUCAGCUGUGUUGUGCUUAAAGGCAUCUUCUGUAGCUACAUACAUAUUGUUAUUCUCGAACAAGCUACACACAUCAACAUGAGCCUUCGUACUUCUGAUUAUCCAGCCACCACUGCUUACACAAAGGAUCAUCUUGUGCUCUUCACCAUAGAAUUGCAGUGGGUUUGGCUUGAGUUAUUAAAAAACACCUUUUGCUGUGAAUGUAUAGUCUCCUCAGUAUUCCUCUGGAGGUGUAACUGCUGUGAAACAGCUAUAGAGAUGCUGAAUAUGUGUAGAAGUCCAGUAACACAUGUGUUGUCCUUCCUAUUUUCCGGCUUAUGCUGACAAUCAUAUUACUAUUGUAUAAAGCUUUUCUCGCAGCUCAUGAAGCAUUCCCCGCAAGUAUAAGUUAUUACUAGUUAUGCA